AUGGUCAAGGUCAUGGACAGUCCCAGAAGUAUCACCAAAGUGAAUGUGGCUGUUGAAGGUGGAAGACUGAGAAGACAGACAUCAAGGUCAGUAACUCCGGAGAAACCCUCAGAGACAAGUGUGGGUGGGUGUGGACACACAGCCGAGUGUUCGCAGCGGACUUCCUUUUUUUGCUCAUUUCAUCUACGUCCCCCAUAUACAAUGGACACAUCAAGGGUCUACCUCAAUUUCAAGGCAUCCAGGACUCCAGGGGCUCAGCAUGCAUCACCACCAUCUCUUCCCCCAGAUGCCUGUCGGUGCCCACGCUCCCAUAGGUUGGCUCUGAAACUCACUUGUGCUGGGCUCAUCCUUCUUGUCUUGACCCUGAUUGGGCUCAGUGUUUUAGUACGAGUCUUGAUACAAAAACCAUCAAUAGAAAAAUGCAGAGUGUAUAUUCAAGAGAACAUGGCUAAACCAACAGAGAGUCCAGCUAUGUUAAAGUGUCCAAAAGACUGGCUUACACACCGAGAUAAAUGCAUACAUUUUUCUCAAAAUGUCAACGUUUGGAAGGAAGGUCUAGUUGACUGUGCUACAAAAGGAGGCACUUUGCUGCUCAUUCAAGACCAAGAAGAACUGAGAUUCAUAAAGGAUUCAGCAAAGGGAAAAGGCGAUUCAUUUUGGAUUGGACUAAAUUACACAUCGACAGACAAGAACUGGAGGUGGAUAAACGGCUCUACUUUGAGUUCUGAUGUAUUACAAAUCUUUGGUGAAGCUAAAGAAAACAGCUGUGCCUCCGUCUCAAAAGACAAAGUGGUUUCUGAGAGCUGUGCUUCAGACAACAACUGGAUCUGCCAAAAGGAACCAAAACCAUGUCUCUGAAACCAUAUGUGAUGACCCCAGACAGUGAAUCACAUCUCCAUUACUUUACCAUCCACACCAGAUCUCUGCACACAG